AUGUUCACACCCGCCGUUGUUUAUUUGCUGUUUCAACGACGACUCGUGCGACUUGUCUCCGCGACGGACUCCUUCAGCAUGGUCUUCAACAUGCCUGCGAAGUGCGUCAUCUUCGAGGAUGUCAGCAAGUACGAUGGAUUUGAGAGCCGAAACCUUACCGCAAGCGAGUACAUCCAGAUGGCAGGCAGAGCCGGUCGUCGUGGAAUCGACUCCACGGGCACCGUGAUAAUUACUGCCCGCGCUUCCGUUUGCUACGAGUCCUCGUUGAAGCGGAUGGUUGUUGGACAGGCGACAGAGUUGAGUUCUAAUUUCAAGGUAACUCACGCGAUGAUACUCAACUCGUAUCGCGGAGACCUCCAGACGCGCCCUGAGGAACUCAUCAACCGGAGCUACUUAUUUGCCUGCGGUGACCAGUUUGAGCGGAUUUGGAAACAGAGAGCUCAACGUUUUCAGGAAUGCCUGCUUGCGACGACUAUGUUUGAAGAUGAUGGCGUUGCCGCCGCUACCGUCUCGUCUCCCAAAUGGAAGGUUUCAUUGUCUGUCGCCAGCGAGACUGAUUUGUACACCCUAGUCCGGUGUCAAGUUUAUUUACCGGACUCUGCGGCUGUGGCGACCGCGGCUGCUUCAUCUUGCUGCUUCACCCUGCAUUUAUGA